GACUUCCUGGCUGUAGUCACCCAGCUGCCCCAGCUUCUUGUGGGGGAAUCUAUUUUAUACAGUCUAUGGGGGGAAUCAGGGGGUAGCUGGCAAGCGGUGAGACAACAGCUAGGCGAUACAACCAACUCCCGUUAGUUAUAUUCUGAUAAUAAGACGCACCUGUCGGGACAGUAAUAAUCAGUCAUGUAUUGCCGAUAGAUAUCAUGUCGAAUCAGUGCCAGCUUGCUUUCCCGAUCCAACAACAGCAGCCUAAUCUCAGCGCUGGUCCUUUCCCUGAAAGUGUUGUGGUACCUGUUAAUGUUCCUCUUCAGAUUAAAAGGAAUGUAAUAACAGACGAUUACACCCUGACGAGGCAGGUGCUCGGGAUGGGGAUAAAUGGCAGAGUGUUGGAAAUAUUCAACAAAGAGAGUGGGGAAAAGUUUGCAGUUAAGAUGCUUCAGGAUUGUCCAGAAUCCAGACGGGAGGUGGAGCUCCAUUGGCGGGUGUCACUCUGCCCCCACAUUGUACCCAUCAUAGAUGUUUAUGAGAACCUCUACCAGAGCAAGAAAUGUCUCCUUAUCAUUAUGGAGUGCAUGGAUGGAGGUGAACUAUUCAGCCAUAUCCAAGACAGAGGGUAUAACGCAUUUACAGAAAGAGAGGCCUCUGACAUCAUGAAAAGUAUCGGAGAAGCUAUUCAUUUCUGUCAUUCCAUCAACAUUGCUCACAGAGACAUCAAGCCAGAGAACCUGCUGUACACCUCCAAAAGACAAGAUGCUGUGCUCAAGCUGACCGAUUUUGGGUUUGCCAAAGAAAUCACCACGAUAAACUCAUUAGAAACACCAUGUUUCACCCCAUACUAUGUCGCUCCAGAAGUUCUUGGUCCAGAGAAGUACGACAAAUCCUGUGACAUGUGGUCUCUGGGUGUCAUUAUGUACAUCCUACUGUGUGGAUAUCCUCCCUUUUUCUCAAACCAUGGCCUGGCAAUAUCUCCAGGAAUGAAAAGGCGAAUUCGAAAUGGUCAAUUUAAGUUCCCAGAUCCAGAGUGGGCGGAUGUUUCUGAGGAAGCAAAACAGCUUAUCUGCCACUUACUGGAAACGGAGCCCACGCAGAGAAUGAGCAUCACCAAGUUCAAAAAUCAUCCCUGGAUUAAUCUGUCAGUCGAGAUCCCACAGACGCCUCUUCACACCAGCCGUGUGCUGCAUGAGGAACAAGAUGUCUGGGAGCAAGUCAAGGAUGAAAUGACAAAUGCCCUGCAAACAAUGAGAGUGGACUACCAUCAAAUUCAAAUCAAAACUAUUGAGGCUUCAACCAAUCCUCUUCUCCUGAAGAGAAGAAAGAAAACCAAAAACUCAGCCAUGCAACAUCCAGGCUAGUCAAGCAAGGAGAGCUCUGCAGUCUCAUGCUGUUAUAUGGCCAUUGGAAGCACAUUUUUCUGUUUUAUUUAGAAAAACUUUCACGAACCUCAAACUUCAGAGACAAUAUGUUUCAUAGUUUAAGAAAACAGGUGCAAACAAUUUUGCUUUUGAAGAACAGGUUCAUGAGACUUCUCUUAAAAACUUUGGUAAAAACAAAAUUAAGAAGAAUCUUAGAAGAAUGUUGAUGUUGGUGAAUGAGGCUCAUUGUGCCUAGUUAUAUGGUUUCAAAAUAAAACAUUUAUUGUUUUUUUUUUUAUUUUUUAGCAGUUUUCAUUUUUUUUCCAUCAACCUCAGAUCUUUUUAUUUAAAAACGAAAUGCUUUUGGUAUUUUGCAGUAUGCUUUUAGGGCUUUGGACGGUUCUUAUGCCUGGAAAAUAUUCAGUGUACGCUCUAAGGCUUUUUCCUAGAUCUACUGUUUGUUUUAUUAAAAAACAGGAUUUAUUAUCCUAAUGUAAAUGUCUGAGAGUCAUGCUAGUGAGCUUUGUUGGCGUCAGCUGACUGAUGGUUCUUGUUUGCUCUGUGUCGCCUGAUCUGUUUUCUGAGGUUUUUCAGUCUGAAAACUGUUUAAAAAGCCUCUUGCCUUUAGGAUAUUGUUCAGAAAGUUUGCCAGCACCAUUUAUGUUGGUUAACUAUUUGACCAUUGCCAGCAACCACAAUAUAUUUUGUGUAUGCUAAUAUGAUGUCACAGGGGGUUCUCCUUACCGCUAAAUGGUGUUUUCUUGACACAUUGUGGUAGUGCAGCAACUGCUCCAACUUGCCAUGUUGAGCAAUGUUCAUACUUGCAAUACCUGUGAGACGUUUGAUAAUUGCCUAUGAUUGUGGAAACUGUGAUGCUUCCUGCACUCCUUGUGCUAUAGUUAGUGCUUGUUCUUGUUCUGUUAUGUUCAGAGUGGAAACUUUAAGAUCAGUAAACUUUCAACCUUGAAAUAGGAAACUUUCAGAUUAGGGACUGAUAAGACAUACAGCUGAAAUUGUUGCUCAUCAUCAUCAUUUCUCUGUUUGCUUUAUGUCCUGGAUUAAACAUCUUGAUGUA